GCCUUCUCGUCAAGUCUACUUUUUCUAGUGUUAAAUAAUUUAACUAAAAGAUUGGGUCAAUAUUGUUAUUUGUGCAAGAAUAUUAAUAUAAAUGUCUAUAUUUAAAAGGUAUAUCACUAAAACUGUAGUGGCUAUUGUAAAGAAGUAUACAAAAUUAGUGACAUAUUUGGAAAACAAAUGGGAAGGUAAACAUGCUUCAUCAUUUCAUAAUUAUAAAUUAUUUAAAAAUGGUGUCCACUCGACGUUGAUAGAUUUGGGUGACCUCAGUCAGUUAUGGAUAGAUAUUACUUGUCGUUCUCAGUCAAUCUUAGAAAUCCUACCGACUCUUAGUAGACAUCAGGUGUAUGUCCUACGUCAGGUGCCUAAAGAUUUGGUGAAGAUUUUGCCUGUUAUGCUUCUUGCUCCAUUACCAGGAACAAUACUAAUUUUACCAAUCUUUUUUGCUUUUCCUCGUAUUUUUCUGUCACGAGCAUUUUGGACACCAGAACAAUGUAAAUCUAUCGAUUCAAAAUGUUUGAAAGAUCGAUUUGACUAUAAUACUCAAUCUUUAUUAAAGUCUAAGCUCUUAACAAUAAUUAAUUCGUCCCCAUGUUCUAUGAAUUAUUCUCAACCUAUUUUGAAGUCUUUAAGAAAGUUAGCUAGUGCGUUAAGUCAGGUUUCAAUAUUAGAACCAAUUUCAAUCGAACAAAUUCGUGAUUUAGUACCUGCUUUCAAAGGUCCAUUAUCUUUAGAACAAUUGGAUACAAGUCAUUUAGCGGCUUUAUGUCGAUUACACGGUCUCUCUAUAUAUUCAUAUAUUUGGAUGAUGAAUACAUUAUUAUGGAGUGAUUUAUUCAAGAGAAAAUCCAUUCUAAAAACAUCUCGUAUACUUGUAUUAAAGAAACAUGCAUAUUUCUUAUAUGUUGAAGAUCAAUGUAUGCAAAAAGAUAAGUUAUUCAAUGAUAAUUCCUUAUCGAUUUUACAAAAUUCUGAAUUGAAACAACUUUGUUUACUACGAGGAAUUAAUCCGUACUUAUUAAAUCAUAAAGAUUUGGAGGAAAAAUUACAGUAUUGGAUUUCAGCAUCAACCGUUGCUUCAGACAUCAAUUGUGGCAAAUUCGUGUCAGACGCGAGGUACUAUAUUGUUAAUGUUUGAGCUGAGGAGAUUUGUUGUUAUGUAGUGGAUGCUGUUAUGUUCUAAAUGGACUUGUUUAUUAUCCUGUGAUUAGAUUGUCAAUUACAAUACCGGCUUAUAUGUCCUUUUAAUUGUACCAAACCAACGACACGUUGACCAGUAUGAACAGGGUAGAGUGAAUUUCUGACUCCUUAUUCGUCCUUCUUGCCUUGCCCUGCCCGCUGAGUUCAGAACACAAAUCUCAGCUUCCUCUGUGUGAAUCAUAUAUUUCAGACGUACGCCAUUUAUAUACAAGCAAGUCAGGCCGCAUCAUACUAUAAAAUAGGAAAUAACAACUAUACAAGAUCAAGUGAAAAUUGGCUGUCAGUAUGAGAUAGAUUGAGGGUAACUUAUGAUUAGUAAAUCGAAUAAUAAUAGCCAAUAGGUCAAAUAAAAUCUUAUAUUAAGAGAAAUAUAAAUAUAUAUAAUCUAGUUACCUAGUAGUUUUACAAUAAGAAUAUACAUAUAAUAGUUCCUACAAAGUGCCCAUAAUUUAAUAUUUUUCGGAUACAACAGACACUACUCACAACAUUGCUUGUAAGUAGUAUGUUGUGAAAUGUGACCUUGAAGUUGUUGGAAAGAAUGAACAGUUUCGGCACGGCGUUGACAGAAUAUUUGGACACCAAAUGUUUAAAUUGUUCAGAUUGCAGAACACACCAAAACAUACAAAUGGAUGAUUGAAGGCUUUGUAUAUAUGUAUUUUGUAAACCCAUUGUAACUUCUCAAUAUAAACAUAGAUCCCAUCUGACUAUUGUCUUCUUUCACGUUUCAUGUCGUUGUGUAAAACUUGUACUUGGAAAAGGAGAAACAGUGAUUAACAUGACACCAAAAUAAAAAGACAAAAUCUGACAAGUGACCUUUCAAAAAUACGAUUUUAAGCAAACGUACUCAUUUAUACAUCAAUUUUACUGACAUUAAAUGAUUAAUUACCGAAUUUCACAACUAACGGUAAAUACCAAAAUGAAAUUGACAUUGAAUUAAUACAUAGAAUAUUAUACUGAAAAAAUGUCAUAUUUAAAUAAAGUUUUAUGUUAACCAAUAUAUUACCCUUCAAACAAAACUAAUAUUCAACUGGACAAAUAUCAUACUGAGUCGAACCAUGAUCUCGUGAUUUGGAUUGCAUCCUAACAUUUAUUCUUUAACUGAGAUUCGGUUACCACAUAUUUCGAAAGGAAAAUCAUCACUAGCAUACUUAAUCAAAGUUGUUCUUUUUUCAAAAUUUGACCGAUAUCAGCUUGAAAAGUUCAAUUUUUUGUUACCAAUUAACUGCAGUCCAUGUAGUGUAGUGAACAAGAACACGAGUGGGGGACAAUCGACUGUAUUUGAGCAUAAAAUUACAGAGCAUCUCAUUAAAAUCUAAGAAUCAUAUAGUAAAUGCUUAAUUUGCAAAAUG